AUGGCUUCUACCGAUGAUUUUUUUGGUUCUGCCUUUGUUGAUAUUAACAUGCCAUUUCGUUUUGAGGACAAGUCAGCGAAGGAAAUUUGGGAGGCGCUGCAAAAGAAAUAUGAUACAGAAGAGGCGGGGACUAAAAAAUACGCUGUUAGUCGCUACCUGAAGUAUCAAAUGGUGGACGAUAAAUCUGUGGAGGCCAAUCUCACGAAAUUCAGAAAAUUGCGCAUGAGAUUAUCUCAGAAGAAUCAGAACCGCAACUCGAAUUUAAAUUCCAACCGCAACAACCAGAACACUCCUCGAAACAACAAUCAGAGUUGGAACCAUAACAAGAACCAACAUGGAAGGCAACAACCUCCACCUAAACAGAAUGACUCUGGACAAUUCCUUUGUUACAACUGUAACAAGCCAGAUGGGUGGUGGGUAGACACUGGCGCUUCUCACCAUGUCUGCUAUGAUCAUGCUAUGUUUAAAACAUACACUGCUGCUGAUGAUAAGAAAGUGUUGUUGGGAGAUUCCCAUACCACUAUUGUUGCUGGGAUUGGGAAUAUGGAGCUUAAGUUUACCUCAGGAAAGACUUUAUUACUGAAAGAUGUAAUGCAUACUCCUGAGAUGAGAAAGAAUAUGGUUCUUCCAACAUUGUCCUCCGAAGAAGAUGAUGAUAUUAUUAAAUCAGUAGGGGAGGGUAAGGUGCCGUCCUACUUGCUAGAGUCCAAGAUCGGAGACUGUAAGAGAGUCGCUGCGAUUCGACGUGAGGCGCUUCAGAGGACGGUGGGAAGGUCGCUCCAGGGUUUUCCUUUGGAAGGGUUCGAUUACGAAUCUAUUUUGGGGCAGUGCUGCGAAAUGCCUGUUGGGUACGUCCAGAUUCCGAUGGGGAUCGCGGGUCCAUUGUUGCUCGAUGGGUUCGAGUAUUCGGUGCAGAUGGCGACUACGGAGGGUUGUUUGAUUGCGAGUACAAACAGAGGUUGCAAGGCUAUCCAUUUUUCUGGUGGGGCUACCAACAUGUUUUUGAGGGACAGCAUGACCAGAGCACCGAUUGUGAGGUUUAAUUCCGCCAAGAGCGCUUCCGAGUUGAAGUUCUUCUUGGAGGACCCUGAAAAUUCCGAGACACUUUCCAUCAUCUUUAACAGGUCUAGUAGAUUUGCCAGGCUCCAGGGUAUUCAUUGCGCGAUUGCUGGUAAGAAUGUGUAUAUCAGAUUUACCUGCAGCACGGGAGACGCCAUGGGGAUGAACAUGGUUUCAAAAGGAGUUCAAAAUGUUCUUGAUUUCCUUCAAAAUGACUUUGAUGACAUGGAUGUUAUUGGCAUAUCUGGUUAGUUUUUUUUUUUUUGGAUUAUUAUAUUUAUAUUUUUAGACCAUUUAGUCACUUUUAUUUCUUGUGAACUUGUCAAAUUUUUCUUCAACCUGAGUUGGUGCUGCUGUUCCUUUUUUCAGUUAUGUGCAGUAAUACACCCCCUAUAUUCAUAUCCCUUGAAGAUGAACUCAAGGAAAAUAAAACAUUUAAAUAAUCAAAUAAUGAAAUAGUUUAAUUUGGCAAUAAGUUUCAAGACAAUUAUUUUAUUUGAUUGCUAUUUUGGCUUGUAUCCAUUCAUUUAUUAGAGAAUUGAACUGUGUCUUUUAUUUUAUUAGAUAAAAUAGAAGCGAAUAGAAUAUCUGAGUAGUAUCUGCUCAAGCUUUUAUUUAUUAGGCUAACUUUUUAUGUACUAAGGAAGGCUUAUGCAGAAAAUUUUAUUUAUUAGAUUCAGCAUGCCUAUUUACUUGAAAUAGAAAAAUUAAUAUGAAAAGCUCAAUGUAAAGUUAAAAAAGAGUUGAGGUUCAGCCAAUCAUUUUGUUUACAAGAGAGCAUAAACAUUUAUUUUUGUAAUGGAUUUUGUGGAUUAAGUUGGGAUCAGAUUGUAUACUAGUUUUUUGUAAUGAAUCCACUUAUGCUUGUUUGUUUUUAUUGAAUAGCCGUUACCACUGGUUUUCUGAGGCCAUAAUUUUAUAAAUUCAAGGGUGAAAAGUGGAAGCUUUCCAAUAAGAUAACAAUAUAUGUAUAUAUUGUUAGACAAUG